UCCUCCUCCUCCUCCUCCUGCGCCGCGGGCUCCUCGGACAUGGCCGCGGCGGUGGCGGUGGCGGCCGCGUCCCGGCGGCAGUCGUGCUACCUGUGUGACCUGCCCCGCAUGCCCUGGGCCAUGAUCUGGGACUUCACCGAGCCCGUGUGCCGCGGCUGUGUCAACUAUGAGGGCGCCGAUCGCGUCGAGUUUGUCAUCGAGACGGCGCGGCAGCUCAAGCGGGCGCACGGCUGCUUCCAGGAGGGCCGCUCCCCGCCCGGCACCUCCGCUCCGGCCUCUGCCAAGCCGCCGCCGCUCUCGGCCAAGGACAUCCUCCUGCAGCAGCAGCAGCAGCAGCUCGGCCACGGCGCUCCCGAGGCGGCCCCGCGCGCCCCGCAGGCCCUGGAGCGCUACCCGCUGGCGGCGGCCGCCGAGCGGCCCCCGCGCCUCGGCUCUGACUUCGGCGGGAGCCGCCAGGCGGCAGGCCUGGCCCAGGCGCCGACGCCGCAGCCGCCGCCCGUGAACGGCAUACUGGUGCCCAACGGCUUUUCCAAGCUGGAGGAGCCGCCGGAGCUGAACCGCCAGAGCCCGAACCCGCGGCGCGGCCACGCCGUGCCUCCCACCCUGGUGCCGCUCAUGAACGGCUCGGCCGCGCCGCUGCCCGCCGCGCUCAGCCUCAGCAGCCGCGCCGCCGCCGCCUCGCUGGCCGCGGUGACCGGGGCCGCGGCCGCGGCCGCCGCCGCCGCGGCCGGCCUGGGCCCCGCGCAGCCCGCCGAGCUGGGCGCGCACAAGCGGCCGGCGUCCGUGUCUAGCAGCGCGGCAGUGGAGCACGAGCAGCGCGAGGCGGCGGCCAAGGAGAAGGCGCCGCCGUCCGCGCACCGGGGCCCCGCCGACAGCCUCUCCGCCGCGGCCGGGGCCGCGGAGCUGGGCGCUGAGGGCGCGAGCAAAGGCCGCGGGCCGGGCGAGCAGGACUGGGUCAACAGGCCCAAGACCGUGCGUGACACGCUGCUGGCGCUGCACCAGCACGGCCACUCGGGGCCCUUCGAGAACAAGUUUAAGAAGGAGCCAGCCCUGACUGCAGGCAGGUUGUUGGGUUUCGAGGCCAACGGGGCCAACGGGUCUAAAGCAGUUGCGAGAACAGCAAGGAAGAGGAAGCCUUCUCCAGAACCAGAAGGUGAAGUCGGGCCCCCCAAGAUCAAUGGAGAGGCCCAGCCUUGGCUGUCCACAUCAACAGAAGGGCUCAAGAUCCCCAUGACUCCCACAUCCUCUUUUGUGUCUCCACCCCCACCCACUGCCUCACCUCAUUCCAACCGGACCACACCGCCUGAAGCGGCCCAGAAUGGCCAGUCUCCCAUGGCAGCCCUGAUCUUAGUAGCAGACAAUGCAGGGGGCAGUCAUGCCUCCAAAGAUGCCAACCAGGUUCACUCCACUACCAGGAGGAAUAGCAGCAGUCCACCCUCUCCAUCCUCUAUGAACCAAAGAAGGCUGGGCCCCAGAGAUGUGGGGGGCCAGGGGGCUGGCAGCACAGGAGGACUGGAGCCCGUGCACCCUGCCAGCCUUCCGGACUCCUCUCUGGCAGCCAGCGCCCCUCUGUGCUGCACCCUCUGCCAUGAGCGGCUGGAGGAUACGCACUUUGUGCAGUGUCCCUCCGUCCCUUCACACAAGUUCUGCUUCCCUUGCUCCAGACAAAGCAUCAAACAGCAGGGAGCUAGUGGAGAGGUCUAUUGUCCCAGUGGGGAAAAAUGCCCUCUUGUGGGCUCCAAUGUCCCCUGGGCCUUUAUGCAGGGGGAAAUUGCAACCAUCCUUGCUGGAGAUGUGAAAGUGAAAAAAGAGAGAGACUCGUGACUUUCCGGUUUCAGAAAAACCCAAUGAUUACCCUUAACUAAAACUGCUUGAAUUGUAUAUAUAUCUUCAUAUAUAUAUAUAUAUCCAAGACAAGGGAAAUGUAGACUUCAUAAACAUGGCUGUAUAAUUUUGAUUUUUUUUUUUGAAUACAUUGUGUUUCUAUAUUUUUUUUUUUUGACGACAAAAGGUAUGUACUUAUAAAGGUAUCUUUUUCUUUUGUUAACGUUAUUAGCAUAUCUUUGUGCUUUAUUAUCCUGGUGACAGUUACUGUUCAAUGUAGGCUGUGACUUGCGCUGCUUUUUUAGAGCACUUGGCAAAUCAGAAAUGCUUCUAGCUGUAUUUGUGUGCACUUAUUUUAAAAAGAAAAAAAAAGCCAAAUACAUUUUCUGACAUUGUAAGAUUGCCUUACUGUCUGUUAUUCCUUAACUGCUGGCCCCUUUCUCAGGCUGGAGGCCAACUGGUGGAAAAGGAAAGGAAUUGAGUGAAGGGGGCACUGUUGUGAAGUGGGUUUGCCACUGGGAAAUGUCACCAGGUUGACCCCAAACCAUUGUCCUCUUAGAGUAAUAAUAAGGAGAUAGAUUUCUAAUCUGUAUUUUGUUCUUAACAUUAAGUUCUUGAGAUACUGGUGACUGAGAGGUGCUGCUGAGAGAUUUUCAGGAUUGUGCGUGCUGUUGGGGGGGGGGUUAAGGCAAAGUUGACCACUGUUCACUGUCCACAUGAUCAGUUGUAAGAUUACAAUGCUGCAUGCUAGUUGGUUGCAUAAUACACAGUUUCAAUGAUGGAAGGUGGUUAUAAUGGGUGGCAGUGUGCACAGCAUGGCACUGCCACCUUUGAACAGAGCCUGGCUCUGCAGCGCCACUUCAUCUUUUUAAACACCCUAGCUAGAGCUCUGUUGUUGUUGCUGUCUCUUUUCCUUUGAAAAAAGUCACAAGAGAAGUUACAGUGCAGUGAACCUGGAGAUAGUGGGAUUGGUUUUGUUUCUGUUUGUUUUGUUUUUUAUCAUUUACCUGUAGUGCUAUCGCUGUUGAUACUGUCACCUACACCCUGUUUGUAGUGAGUGUUAAAUACAGUAUGGUACAAUGACAGUAACAGCCGGGAGGCGCUGCCAGGACUGCCCGUGGGCAUAUCAGUGACAGCCCCAAUGUGGGUGGAGGAAACCUGUAAUUUCCUUCUUACAUGUGUUUGAAAUAUCAAGUGAAUAAUACUGUUCUUCUGGAAAAAAAAUGAUAAACUAGUGAAAAUGAAAGAAAUUAAAGGUUUUACAUGAUAGAUAGGCCCCACUUCUUAAACUAUUUUUAGAAGCCUUUUGUAAACUAAUUUCUCCUGAUCACUAUUUUGCAUCAGUAAAAUGAUUUUUUUUUAAACCAAUAAAUCAUCAUUUAUUAGAAAUAGUUGUCUCACAGUGAUACUGGUUUUUCUUUUGUGCUGUUAUGAUUUAACAUUGACAGGAACACUAUUUUAACUCCUUUCGGGUGUUUGUAACUUGGCUAUAUGAUUAGGCUGAAUCAGGGCUUCAGGGUCUACUACGAUUUAUGUGUAUUGGUCACAACCAAGCAUUUGUUUUAAUUUGGAAAUAUAAAUGAUUACCAAUUUUGGAUCUUUUUUUUUUAGCUUAUGUUUUUGUCAUUUUUAAAUUACUCAAAAUGUUUUUUAACGGUCAAGUUAUUAACUCCUGAAAUUCAGAUACUGCACCAGAUAUAGUAUUUUUUCAUAGCAUUUUUUAACAAGUGCACCUAUUAUUAACGCUCUGCACAUACCUGUUACCAGUCAUUGUUACAUUACAAACAGACUUGCAUGGUUAACCAGUUGGUCAUUAUACUUUUUUUUUUUUUUUAAUUGGAAUAUAUAUAUGCCUCAGAUCAGACUGGUUUCUUAUGUAAAUGCACACAUGCAGAAACAGUCAAUUCUAAAUGCCAGUGAAGACUUUUGUAAAGAAUUCAACUAUUACAAUUUGCUGUAUAAAUGUGUAUCUAGGCACUUUAUUAAAAACUGGAAUUUGACCUCAUAGGUGUUACAAGUUGAUCAGUCAUUUGACCUGAUUUGUUGUAGCUAUCUGUACCUUUUGCAAUAUUAAUACAGAUAAGCUUUCCAAAAAGAUUAAUAAAGAAACAUCCUGCUGUUUUGGGUUAAGAAGGAGCCCUGGUGGCACAGUGGUUAAGUGCUCGGCUGCUAACCAAAAGGUUGGUGGUUGGCUCUGCAGGAGAAAGAUGUGGCAGUAUGUUUCCAGUAAGAUUUACAGCCUUGGAAACCCUAUGGGGCAGUUCUACUCUGUCCUACAGAGUCGCUGUGAGUCAGAAUCGACUCGAUAGCAGUGGGUUUGGUUUGGUAUCCAGCUGCGGAAAAGACAACCUGAGAUAUCUCUGUGCUGGUGUUCAAGGAGGAGAAUAUGAACAGCUUAAAGGGCUGUGUGUUGAGGUUACUUAAAAAAUAAGAUCUGCAGAAGUCUGCCUGGCCCUUGGGUAGCCUUCCUAGAAGGCUUGCAGCUGAAAAAUGUUGAUCUGGGUUAUUUUUCUGGUAAUUCUCUUGAGAAGUUAAAAAGUUAACAUCAUUGGGACAUGGGUUUGAUCUUGUGUUGUACCUGACAACGGUGCAGAGAUUCUCCACAACUAGAUAAAAAUGUCAGAAAGCUACUUACUGUACAUGGGCAGUAUCAGAUUUCAAAUCCUAACAUGUCAGCUGUGCUUUUAAUACUCAGAAUUUUAGGGUAUGGGGUCUUGAAGCUUUCCCUUUUUUUGCUUUAACAGUUUAUAGAAUUUAACAGAUAACACUGUCUUUCAUGUGGCCUCACAUUAAAAGUUAUGGGAACGUACACAUGGUUUACAACUUUUACUAUACACCUUUCCUUGGCCACCAAGUAUUUUAAAAGUGUGCCACCUUUUAACCUUUACUCUUUUCUAAGUUGAAGGUGAUACUUUUUCUAUAUAUGAUGAUACUCAUGUCAACUUGAGUGAGUGUAAUCUCAGAUAUCAACAUUAUUAUAUUCUAAAAUCACUAUGGAAAUAUCACCUGCAUUCUGUCAUUUGUCAGAUUUACAGUUCCUUUUUUUUUUUUUCAUUAACUUUUUAGCAUUAAAUAAAAAUAAAAUUGGGAGCACUGAACAUCUUCUCAGGCCUUUUUUAAUGUUUUAAAGUAAGUGUAGCAUGGGCUGUUGUUUUAAUUGCUAAUGGCAAUGUGACUAAAGGUCUUUUGGGGUUUGGGCCUGGGGUUUUACCGGAACUACAGAACAGGAGAUAAAAGACAUGAAACAAAACGCAACUGAUGGUAGGAAAAAAAGUACCAGGGACUGGGGAAACAGCAAUUGGAUAGGGGGACAGAUAAAACAGAAGAGCUGAACAAAAUGUGACCAGUAAGCACUUGUUUACCUUUCGACUUGAAAUAGAGCCAGCCAUUCUGCAACAAUAGAUGGGAAGAAGAUAGUGACGACAUUAAAAGGACUGUCAAGACAGGGAGCUGCUCUCUGGAAAGCUUUGGAAUGAAGCAGCCAUGUUGGGCCAUAGGAAGUGGACUGAAAACAAAAGAAAGAAAAAGCCUAGACUUGGGAAAGCUUUGGAAUCCAUAAGCACCAGAGCCAUGUGUGAGCUUAACUGGUGUCUUUAAACCUUAAUUUAUAAAUAGAGAUAAAACGUGGAAAGCCCCAAGAUAGGUUUUUAAACUGUCUACUGUCAUACAGUAAGAAAUUCCCUAGAUGUUUGCAGCUUUACUGUUUAUUGAUCAAUGUCUUGGCAGAGUUCUCCAUGAAAGGAAAUUGAGAAACUUAAUGAUUUCAGGAUAGGAUAUACAUAGACUUAACUCUGUUUUAAGUAGUGAUAUUGAUACACUAGACUAACAGUGAAAGUGUACUUGAAUUUCAUUAAGGUUGGUCCAGUAACUUGGGGGCCCAUCGCUGAAUAUAUUUUUAGAAACUUGUCAUUAUUAGUACCCUGUUUAAGACAGUUUCCAAGAAACUGUGUUCUUAGUAAGUUUACAGAUGAACAUGAUUUUUCAUUUAAUAAUUCGAUUAAAACAGGUGAAACUAUCAAUGUUUGUUUUUUAACUUAGAAGUGCUAACUUGUGUUUUUAGUGAAAUUUAAAAUAGUGUGGCUGGCAGAAAUCAUUUUUUUAAAUUUCAAAAGCUCCUCCCGGAGAUGAACUUUAAUGAUUGCAUUUAGUUUUUUCAGACUCUUGAUGUGACAGAUGCCUUUGUUUAUUCCCCAAAGGGGAGGAAAGUUAGAGGGAAAAUAUGCAACUCCUUUUAGUUUCUAGACUUUAAAUCCUUCAUUACUCAAAGUUGUUUUGCAUAUUUGGUUAGUGGAGAGUAAAAUGUUUCUCUUCCUGAUUCCUAAGUGUAUACGUGGAAUCAUUCAGAAAAAUGUUCAGUCGUGAGUAGGCCACUAGAAGGCCUGAGUCACCCUCAUUUGCCUGCCUUUUGUUCAUAGGGAGCAGCAGAGUAAGAACCACCUUUCCUCUGUCACAGACCAAGGUCAGCCUGUACCAAUGAAUGAAGUACAUAUUUACCCACUUCAUCAUCUGGGCUUCUAGAAGUCAGGAGAAGGUGUUUAACACCUUCAGUGCCACUGGUAAGACUGCCGGCAACCAAAGUAUUACAAUAAAAAAUGAUAGGUGUGACUUCUCAGAUUAAUUGACUGUCUAGAUCCCUUGUUUCUAUUGACGGCCUGCAUUUUCCUCAAUUAUUAACCCCUCCUUGUAAUUUAAAAGGUACAGAAGUACACAAAUCAAUUUGUGAAUGACUCAUUAGCAGUUGGAAGAUGGAAAAUGACUGGAUUUAUGGAUUAUCUGUGGAUUCCUCUGUUAAUCCACAGAUAAAUCCACAACUGGGAAUAGCCACACUGUCCCUAUUUACCACUAACAAGUUAAUUUAUGCCUGAUUUGACACUCAGCUUUGUUUUACCUUAUCAGACUACUAUUGCUUCCUCAUGUCAGUUGAACUUAAGAUGCUUGAUUUAAAAUACUUUUCCUUUGCUUCAUUAAUUUUUAAGGUAUAAUUUAUUUUUAAAAAGGUUCUAGAAUAUGAGAUCUAUAUUUCUACUGGUUUUUAUCGCAGAAUAUUUUACACCUUUGCCAGGCACUAAACACCAUAAAACAAUCCAUACAAGCCGUACAAAAGGUAUUUUAGGGCAAAAAAUGAACCCAUGGGCAAGCCAUUAUUGAGACUCCUCGAGACAUGGUGUCUUAAAAGCUUUUAUUUUAAUCUGAAAAACAACUGAGUAAAAUCUCCUUAUUGGAACAACCCUAUUACAAUGGUGUAGUUUCAAAUAGUCUUAAAUACUCCUUUGAUAAAUUGUGGAAUCACUCUUUAAAGACUCACACUAGCUCAAAAUCUUCGUAGAACAGCCUUCAGUGCAAGUAAUAACAUUUAUUGGUUGUAAUACUUGAUGACAAAACCAGCCAUGAAAUUUAUCUAGGAGAGAGACAAUUCUGGAGGCUAGACUAGACUAUGGAAUUCCUAAUUUAAGUUGUGAGUAUCAACACAGUGGUUGAUCUUACUCACCCUUUGUAUGGGCUUUGGAAAUUAGAUUGCAUAAUCUAAAGAGCCUCCUUCAGCAAUUCAGCAGAAGCCUUUGAGGCUGAGAUAAAACAUCCUGUGCAGGGUAAUAAUGUCACAUUUGAAUAGUUCUAAAUAUAGUUUAUUUUGGAGAAAAUGAACUGUUACAUGAUCUCUAGAUCCCAUUACAUACCACUUUCACUUAGCAAUAUUAUUUCUUUCUUUACAUGUCUGAUUAUCAUCAGUAAACAUUCAGAUGCCCAUUAAGGGACAGGCAUCAUACACAACAAUUGAGUUAUGGUUCUGUGAUUUGUAGGCAUUGAGGUAGCCACUUGGGCAGAAAAUAUUUAGGUCACUGCAAAUUUCUCUGCCAUUUAGAAAAAUCUUUCCUAUUACAGUUGUAUUACAGUUUAAAUGCAAUAUUUUGAACUUUAUGUGUGGCUAUUUAUGUCUCUAGGGGAAAAAAAAAAAAAAAAAAAACAGAAGCAACAUUUCACCAGAGCUCGGGGGC